UGUUCUUGUUCUGUGUGUUUCAGUUCAAAUGGAUAACGAAACGACGAAAAUUGUGUACGAAAGAAUCUGCAAAUUGGAGCCUGAAUAUGGGUUGAAGAUCGUCGGCUACGUUAUGCUGAACACCAACGAACAGGACAUGAUCCGAUUGGCGUUCAGCCCGGAUUGUAUAAUUCAAUGUGUUAUUAACACCGCCAAAUCCGACCUCGGAAUUCCCGAAGUUCCAAUUCCAUAUGGUCGUGUUUCUUCUUCUCCAUCCUCCCGCCUGUUCCUUCCCCACCAGACGUUCUCCGACUUCGCCCUGCAGAACCAGAUGCAGUGGCUGUCGCUGGACUCGGCAACUCCGGUGAGGCGAAGCCGCCGGAGGGAGUUUCCGGUGAAAGUUUGUCAUUAUUUCAGUAAAGGGUAUUGCAAACAUGGGAAUACUUGCCGGUAUGUUCAUGAUGUUGUGGAGAAGGAGCCGCGUGUUGUGGUGCUUAGUGGAAGAGCGCUGGAUAAACUUGAAAUCGAGAUUGUCGAGCUUCUGAAAUCUCGUGGUGGGCUGCCGAUUUUGAUUGCGGCUUUGCCGAUGGUGUAUCGUGAGCGGUAUGGGCGCAGUCUUCUCGGCGAUGGGUAUCUUUCGAAGACUGGGCUUAGCCUCACGCGGCUUCUUGCUCUGUUGAGCCGCAUUCGUGUUCUUGACGGGCCCCAUGGGAAGAAUUCGAUAAUCUUAACCGAUGAUUCUCCAAAACGCAAUGAAAUUUCUGAACAGAGUGAACGUGGAAUCUGUUGGUGCAGUGCAGAAAUGGAAGAGUUUUGUUUAUCUACUGAGCAGCCACAUGACUUCCCAGAUUCUUGGACUGACCAUCAUGAUGACAGCACCGAAGGAUUUAGUGAACCAGAUACCCCAUUUGCAUCUCACGUACAAUGA